AUGCCACUCGGAGUGAAAGCAGCAUACCAGAAGGCUCCGAGCCGCCCCGUGAUCGUCACCUCCGGACGGCCACGCCAAUAUCUAUCGCCGUCCUACGAGGAUGGCUCUGAGGGCGAAGAUGCCGCCUCGCGCCGGCUUUCAUGGGUCGCGCAAGCGUACCGAGCCAACGUCCGAGAUAAUGACAGCGGCCAUGCACCCCACGACCACUCGGAUCUCAACCCUGACAUGGCCCUGAACACGGACGAAAGUCCCCAUCGGCUCAAGUUCAUGGGUGGCAGCAGUGUGCAGUCGCUUACCAUGUUCGCCGACUUGUUCUUUCGCAAACGCGGUCUUCGGACCCUGUCGCCUUACUUCCGGUUCGGCAUGCACCACGUGGAGGAAUUCCAAGUUCCCCUGACACUGCAGCUGCCAUCGCUUCCACCUCUGUCGGCACUGGAUGCGUACCUGGACGUGUACAUGAAGCGGAUAUUUCCUCUCUUUCCCGUCUUUGAUGAGCCUACCUUCCGCUCGGACAUGGGCCAGUUGGUCUCGCUUCAGGAUGCCGAUCCCUCUGGCGGGAUCCAAAACGCUAUCGACCUGUCACAAGUACCGACACUUGUCUGCAUCUACUCUAUCAUCUGCAUCAGUGCAGAUGAGGAGACAGGUACAGUAACAGAGAUCGGGACGCACUUUCUCACCGCUGCAUAUAGCCUUCUGGCCCAUGUCAUCUCAACGCCAUAUCUGGCUUCAGUCCAGGCUCUGGUCCUUCUCACUCUUGCCCUCCGUGGCCGAAGCAAAGAAGGACAGGGAUGGCAGACUCUUGGUCAAGCCAUCAGAAUAGCCCAUUCCAUCGGUCUUCACAGGCACGCCUCAACAAGACACAUGAAGAGCCCUCCCCCAGCAACGGCCAACUCGGCCCCAUCUCCAGGUUAUCAAGGCUGCAGAAAGCUUCACAGUCAGCUCUGGUGGACUUGCUACACCCUUGAGAAGCUGAUGCAGCUGGAGACAGGUCGCCCAAGCGCGAUUCACGACUCAGACUGCGACCAGACAUUGCCCGAACCGGUGCCUGUUCCUGCGGCUGGCAUAGCCGUCUCCAUCGGAUCCUCUCCAGAAGGGCAAGCCGACCGCCAGGUGAUCGACUACUUUCAGCCGUGGGCCUCAUUGACACGCAUAAUCAGCAGUAUCAGUGGUCAUAUCUACCGCCGGUCUGGCCAAGCACAAACUCCCCGCAUCCUUCUCGGCGACACAGUCCGUCUCGACUCGGCCCUCACAGAGUGGGCUCAGUCAUUGCCCCCUGAGAUCCGUCCUCCCGGACCAAACAGUGGAAACGUAAUACUAUGCGAGACGGGCCACAAACAUCUUGCCAUCUUUCUUGCAAUCCACUACCACCACGCUCUGAUAUCUCUCCACCGAGCCGCACUCGUGUUCCCGGAAGCCAUGUACCGAACCCACAUCAACUCCCAAGCAGACUCGACCAGCAUCUCAGCCGUUGAACUCAGCCGCCUUAGACGUGGUGCAGAGAUCUGUAUCGGCUCUGCAAGGGCUAUUGUGAGACUAGUCGGCGAAAUCGCCGACGACUCAACGCCGACACCGCGAACCAGAGGAGGCAUGCUCGGAGAACCACACAUCAACCGUUCCGAAUCGGUGAUCUUCACGAUCACACAACCUCUCAUCUCUGCUGUUGCUCUGGCGCUUCAUAUACUAAAGCAGCCCGGUUCGCGCCUCGCACGGUCAGAUCUCGAGCUUUUGGGCAUAGCAGCGCAGUACGCAGAAGAGCAGUACACCAAGGUCACACAGAACCCCCGCUUCAUCCAAGCCUGCUCCGUCUUGCAGUCAAACAUGUCCGAGAUUGUGUUCUCGCAGCACGGCCAAGGACAAGGCAGCUAUUCUCAUCACAGCCACCGGGGUUCCAUCGCAUCUGACAACAUGGCAUGGAGAGGGGAGGACCAGACUCCAACGGAGACCUCCAGCGCCGGGAAUAUUGCCGCGGAGAUGGACAUAAUGGAUCUGGAACUACCAGACCUGACGGGCAUGUUCACUGAAAUCGGUAACACUGACAUCUUCGGAGGCGUCAGGCUUGAGGAUCUUUGGGGAAUGUUAGGCGCGCCCGCAGACGGGCAGUUAACCGAUGGUUCGGAAGGAUCUUGGUCGCGGUCUUGA